UAGCUGACCAAUCGAGCAUUUCCGGUAACCUAUCGGGAUAGAUUUCACAACAUUUUACAGUGAAUAAGUCGCAAUUCGAGGGAGCCAGAUAUAUUUAAAGUUUGAUUUGAAUCGACUGUCAAUAAGCGUUCCUAUUUAAAUAGAUAUGCCGAAAAAUAAGGGUAAGGGAGGUAAAAAUCGUCGGAGAGGGAAGAAUGAAAAUGAGAAAGAAAAGCGUGAGUUGGUGUUCAAAGAGGAUGGACAAGAGUAUGCACAAGUAUCCAAAAUGCUGGGGAAUGGGCGGUUAGAAGCGAUGUGUUUUGAUGGAGUAAAGAGAUUGUGUCACAUCAGAGGGAAGUUGAGAAAGAAGGUGUGGAUCAACUCUGGAGACAUUAUCCUGCUGGGUUUAAGGGAUUAUCAAGAUGCAAAGGCAGAUGUUAUUUUAAAGUACACACCAGAUGAGGCUAGAAAUCUUAAAACAUAUGGCGAACUGCCUGAAUCAGCGAGAAUCAAUGAGAAUGUUGAUGAAGGCGAGACGGGAGAAGAUUUCAUCACAUUUGACGACUAUGAUGGAUCAGAUGAUGACAUUGACGACAUAUGACGACACAUCAGGAAGAUUGUUUCUCUGUGUUUGUAUGUUGUAUAGGAAAGAUUCAUUCUCAUGUGGGGACAUUUUGUAUGUCUGUUGUGUGAAGAUGUUAGUGGGUUUUUUGUAAAACAUUUAACUAGAAUACUUUUGUUUCACUUUCUAAAUUGGGUACUUAUGUUGGAAUGUAAGUUAAAAAAAGGAACUAAAUAUGAAAGCAUUGAGAUUGCUAAAAGAUGUUUAUUUUUUCUUUAAUGUCUUUGAAAAUUCAUUACCAAGGUGGAUUUGGCUGUGAAAAGUUAGGAAAUACUUCUGAUCUUGUUUAUAUCAAAAUUGUCUAAUGAAUUUGUAGACAUUCAAAAGUCAUAUUUUAUUCACAAAUUAUGUAUUUUCAUAUCAUAUGCUAAGUUUUUUAGUAAUGCGGAUUAUAAUUUUUUAUUAUGAUUUUGCUACUGCUCUUUUCAUCAGAUUUGUUUUGUGCAUGAUAUUUAUCCUGCAUUCAUAAUGGAAAUAAGAUGUGAACUCUUAAAGUUCAUUGUCUUUCACAAGUAUUGCCAUAAAAUGAUUUUAGCCUCAAGUAAAACUGUGUCAUCUUCAUUUAUUAGUAUGCAUCCAAAUAAAUCUACAGAAAUACGAUUACAAUUCAUUUUAGCAACUCUCUUAAUUGAAAAUAGCUUGAAAAUUACAUGUAUUUGUUGAACACAUAAUUAUUAAAAAAAUGUUUCAAUAGUUUUUGAAUAAACCUUUUUCCUCAAA